GAUCGAUUCGAAAUAGUUCUCGAAGAAGUUUCCAACCUUAGUAUAUAAUUAGUUCAAACGUUUUUCAAUCGUAGUAAAAUUAGCAAUAUAACGUUCAUUUGCAAACAUUCGACGCAAACGUGAUUUCAUAUGGUCGUGAAAGUGUUUGUAUCAGUCGCGGCGUAACUGAGCGGUAUCAGCUGUUCCAGUAAAUAAAGAACAUUUCGGUAUGGACAGUGUUGAAGAUGGUACAGAAAAUCAAGAAAAUAAUGAUAAAAAUAGCGUUGAAUCAAAGGAUGAAAGCGAUUGUUUGUCAGACAUGAGUGAAGGAUAUGAAAACUGGUAUUGUAUGCCGGAUACUAUUCUGUUAAACAUUUUUCAGUAUUUAACACCGCAGGAACUGGUAAUUGCUGGAGAAGUAUGUAAAUCGUGGCACAGAGUAUCAUAUGAUGAAUUUCUUUGGAAAGAUUUGUUCUACCAAACAUACAAAAUAAGUCCAAACGUCGGCAUUAUGCCAGGAAAAACUUCUUGGUUAGGAGAAUUCAAACGUUUAACAUAUCAUAUACCACUUUUAGAAACAGAAGUUCUUAAAGAGCACUCUCAUCAAGUAUUACAUGUUAGUUUUUCGCACAAUGGAGAAAUGUUUGCUACGUGUUCUAAAGACGGAUAUGUUUUUGUUUGGGAAAGUCAGUAUCCUGUCAGCCUAAAAUACCAUCAUGACAUGAAAACAUUUAAUUGGAAAUAUACCCAAUUUUCACAAUUUAAUUCAUCUGAUACUUUAUUGCUUGUAUCUGGUGUAAGCUUUGGAACUCGUCUUUGCACCUCGGGUGAAAUAGCAGUAUUUAGAUUAGCACCUGGUUUUGAUCUUCAGUGUAGAGUUACAAAUAAACCUCAUGACAUAUUUGGUACAUGGUACAGUGAGCAUUAUCUUUUAAGUGGAAAUUUAUGUUGGUUAUCACACUUUGUUAGAUCUAGUCUUUUAUGGCUUAAUAAAGCAACCCAAGAGUCAUUUAGUGAACAUAUUCCUAUUAUGGCACAACUUUUUAGAUUUUAUAAUAGUAAUGGUUUGUCAAUUCGAACAAUAAUGGUAGCUAAUUGCUUGUCACCUGAACAGAAUGAAUCUGAAGAGCAACAGAAUGAACCUUCAACCUCUAAUGCUACAGAAGAAAAGGAAAAUCCAUUAAGCCAUAUAGAUAUUUCAUCUAUGUCUUCUAUUGAUACUGUUCAAGAACAAGAGGAACCAGUUAUUCUUCGACAUGCAUCAUCUAGAUUACAGUACAGUACAUUGGAAGGUGGAUUUAUGAAUUGGAAAAGACUCGGUGAUGGUUUUGAAUAUGCUAAUCCUAUACAAUACACUGAAGAAUAUAGACAAGUAGAAAUGGAAAAAAUAGCUCAGGAAAAUGAUGAAGAAGAUAAAAAUUCCCAACAGGAUGUAAAAAGUGAAUCUAAAGAGUCAUCAAACGCAGAGAAUACAAAUGAUACAGACGAAUUAGCAAAUAAUUGUGAAAAAUAUCUUAUUUUCACAACUGGAUCAAAAACUUAUACACCACAUCAAGUUGGUUUCAAGAGAAUAAAGAAGAUCAAUUUUCCUACAAGAUUAGAUCCUGGGCCGUCAUUACGUGAAAGAUUAGCUCAACGAGAAAGAGAACGUGAAGAAAGACAAAAUGAAGACAUAUUUAAUACUAAUUGGGUGGAUUAUGCUGCUCUAGCUGAUAAAUUUGAUAAAGUAGAUCAUUUAAUUGAUUUGCAUGGGCACAUUAUAGGAAUGGGCCUUUCUCCAGAUCAUAGGUAUUUGUACGUAAACACAAGACCAUGGCCACGAGGUUAUGUCAUUACGAACCCAUUACUACCUCCACCAAUAGCCGAAGAAAUUGAUAUACAUGUAAUUGAUUUAGUGACGCUAAAAAUAGUUGGCUCUAUGUUAAGAACACAUAAGUCGUAUACUUCAAAUAAUGAAUGUUUCUUUAUUUUUCUUGACGUAUCUGAUCAAUAUGUAGCAAGUGGUGCUGAAGAUAAACAUGGCUAUCUUUGGGAUAGACAUUAUGGUGUAUGUUUAGCAAAAUUCCCACAUUUGGAUGUCGUGAAUUCGGUUGCCUUCAAUCCACGCGAUCCAGAAAUGUUAGUUACAACUAGUGACGAUUACACUGUUAAAGUAUGGCGUAGUCGCAACACAGUCAGAGAAUUAGGAUUGAACGAAGAUUCUUAUCCUAGCGGUAUGGAAGUAAGAAACAGACAAAAGUUUCAAAAAAGUAGUAGAAAUAUUGAUCCAUUAAAAACGAUUGAACUUCCUAUUAAAAUCUCUGUUUAAAAUUUUCUGAGAUUACUAUAAAUUUAUAUUUUGUAUUUACAUUUACAAUGGAUUAAAAAACUUCUGUGAAAUCACACAAAAUUAUAAAUUCUAUUUUAAAUGAAAUUAGUGUGAAAGAC